AUGGAUCCUUAUGAGGCUCUUUAUAAGAGACGUUGUCGAUCUCUAAUUGGUUGGUUCGAACCAACUGAAGUAGAAUUAUUGGGUCUUGACUCAGUUCAUGAAGCAAUUGAGAAAGUUAAUCUUAUUGUACAACGACUCAAGACAGCUCAGAGUAGACAGAAGUCUUAUACGGAUAUGAAGCGACGUGAGCUAGAGUUUUCUGUUGGUGACAAGGUGUUCUUGAAAGUGUCACCGAUGAAUGGAGUAAUGCGGUUUGGUAAAAAGGGGAAACUUAGUCCUCGUUUCAUUGGCCCUAUGAGAUUACCUGAUCCUUCCCAUGUGUUGAACCCUGAAGAGAUUGAAUUUUAUGAAGGGUUAUCUUAUGAGGAGGAACCAGUUCAGAUUCUAGAUCGUCAAGUUAGAAGCUUGAGAACAAAAGAUGUAGCUUCAGUUAAAGUGUUGUGGCGGAACUAUGACACAGAAGAAGCAACUUGGGAAGCGGAGGAGGAUACGAAAAAAAGAUAUCCUCACUUGUUCCCUACUGCAGCUCAUCAUGGAAGAUCAGAAAAUUUGAGGAUUUGCUAUGAACCACAAGCAUAUCAGGAUCAACAGGCUUCUACAGGCUCUGAAGGCUCUCUAUGGCUGAGAAAUGCGACAUCUUUUUGCUUGAAAAAAUUCAGUGGUUAA